AUGUUCCUCUAUGAGGUCUACAACGCUUCUCCGAGUCCAUCCUCGAUGAUGAUCAAUGAGGCACUCGAGGUCGAGGCAACUCAAGCGAAUGACGAGGUCUCUCCUGAAGACAACAAUCAUUUUGCAGAGGAUAAGGAGCACGACGACAACGAAACCUGGACGGAGCCCGCCAAUCUCAUGUCGUGGGCCCUCCAUCCGGGCAAUGUUGAUGUCUCUGCUACCUCGGUCUCGACUCUCGGCAUGGCGGAUGAUCUCGAUGUGAACUUAGACAUCUUACAGGUCCUUGGAAAUGAGGAUCUGGGUUGA